CACACUGAUAAUUAUAAAAACACUGCACAUUGACAUUAUUUUGAGUUAUCAUUACAAAAUAACCUUGCAAGUGACCGCUUCCAAUAUUUUUUCACACGAAAAUCAAAUUAUUUUUUGUCGUUCUUUAACGGAUUCAUCAUUGUACUCAUUAUGUCUGUACUUUACAAAAAAUCUAUGUCUGCUUUGGAUAAAAUAGUGCCAGCUAAAUUGCAACCAUUAUGGCAACAUCCCGCUGGACCAAAAACGGUAUUUUUUUGGGCUCCAGUUUUUAAAUGGGGUUUGGUAAUAGCUGGAAUAGCAGAUUUGAAGAGGCCUGCUGACAAAAUUAGCCCUUCACAAUGUGGAGCUUUACUUGUAACUGGUCUUAUUUGGUCAAGAUAUUCCUUAGUUAUCAUACCAAAGAAUUGGUCAUUGUUUAGCGUCAAUAUGUUUGUUGCUUUAACACAAGGUUAUCAACUGUCCAGAGCAGUAAGUGCACAAGGGUGGAAAGCAUAAAACUAGUUUUAAUCCACUUUUAUUCGAGAAGCUCAUAAAGAACUGAAAAGUGAUUGUCCCUUGCCCCCAUCUAUAACUUGAACAAACCAAAUGAACAACAAGAACAACAAUCCUAGGAAUACCUAAUAGUUUAUUUUGUAAAAUAAAAUAUCGCCGGUGUCAUUCUAAUACCUUGUUACACAUACGCAUCGUUACAGAAAAUCUCGUAGCCCACAAAAGAAUGACGCCAGCGAUAUAUUUUUUGUAUAAGUA